GUUUAGGGUUUUAGUGCAAUAAAGCCCCACCAUCCCUCUCCCCUCUCUCUCUCUACCAUUCAAAUUGUGUUUUCAUUCCAACCAGGUACGAUUUCGACUUCAACUGUUCAAACACCUGUUGAUUAUAUAAAUAUAUAUAUAUAUAUAUAUAUAUAGUUAUAUAAUAUCAGUUUAUGUUCCGUUUCUAUUGUAUUUGAGUGUUCGAUGGCAAGAGGUUCUGCAUCAUUUCUAUUGCGUGCAUAUUCAUCCAAAAACAACCUUUCUAGGGUUAGGGUUUUCUUACUCUGCAAUCGAUUUAUCCAUGCUUCCAGAGAAUCGUAUCAUUCAGACCACCCAAAGGGCCAAAUUAAUCCCCCUCUUUAUCUCCCAAAUCGGCCCCUAUUUUCAACCAGCUCAAUCGAUCAAUUAAUCUCUCGCAACCCAAAACUCAAUUUCACAAAUUUGAACAAACAACAGUUUUCGACAGUGGUCGAAAAGGAGAACGAUGUUGAAAAUCCAAGUAUUACUGUUGAAUCAGAUUGUAGCGAAAUGCGUAACAGUGAUGAGGGUUCGAAAAUGAUUUCUGGUUUUGAGCAUUUUGCGUGUCGUGAUCCUGUAGAAAUUUAUAAGGAGCUACGUAAUGCCACCAAGCACGCGAAUCUAAAUAAAGGUGAUUGGGAUGCACUAACUGAGAUCUUCCAUAGUUUUAAGAAAUCAGGUUGGGCAUCCAAUCAAGCUCUUGCAUUGUAUAUUGGUGCGUCAUUUUUCCCUACCGCGGUGCAGAAAUUCAAGGAGUUCUUUUUCAACAAAUGUCAAGCUGAUGUUACCAAUUAUUUAGUUUCCCUUGGCCCAUGUCAUGAGGCAGAAAAGUUUAUUUUCCCAAUUUUUGUUGAAUAUUGCUUAGAAGAAUUUCCGGAUGAAAUAAAGAGGUUUCAGAGCAUGAUUAAGUCUGCAGACCUCACAAAACCACAUACAUGGUUUCCAUUUGCUAGAGCCAUGAAACGGAAAAUUAUAUAUCACUGUGGCCCGACUAAUAGUGGUAAAACAUAUAAUGCGUUGCAACGGUUUAUGGAAGCGAAGAAGGGUAUUUAUUGUAGUCCACUUAGACUCUUGGCCAUGGAAGUCUUUGAUAAGGUGAAUGCGCUUGGAGUCUAUUGUAGUCUCCAUACAGGGCAAGAAAAGAAGCAUGUUCCAUUCUCGAACCAUGUUGCUUGUACAGUUGAAAUGGUGUCAACAGAGGAACUGUAUGAUGUGGCUGUUGUUGAUGAGAUCCAAAUGAUGGCGGAUUCAUCUAGAGGUUUUGCUUGGACGCGGGCUUUGCUUGGGUUGAAGGCCGAUGAGAUACAUUUGUGUGGGGAUCCAAGCGUUUUGAAUAUUGUUCGAAAGAUUUGUUCCGAAACUGGGGACGAGUUAUUGGAAAAUCACUACGAAAGGUUUAAGCCUUUGGUGGUUGAAGCGAAGACCUUACUAGGAGAUCUUCGAAAUGUGCGAUCUGGAGAUUGUGUUGUCGCCUUCUCAAGGAGGGAGAUAUUUGAGGUGAGAUUGGCAAUUGAGAAAUACACAAGUCACCGCUGUUGUGUUAUCUAUGGCGCAUUGCCACCAGAGACUCGUAGGCAGCAAGCUAACUUGUUUAAUGAUCAAGAUAAUGAAUAUGAUGUUUUGGUGGCGAGUGAUGCAGUGGGAAUGGGUUUGAACCUUAAUAUUAGAAGGGUGGUUUUCUUUAGCCUUUCAAAGUACAAUGGGGACAGGAUUGUUCCAGUUCCGGCAUCACAGGUUAAGCAGAUUGCUGGAAGAGCUGGUCGUAGAGGAAGCUGCUAUCCAGAUGGGCUCGCAACUUCCUUGCAUCUAGAUGACUUGGAUUAUUUGAUUGAGUGUCUGAAGAAACCUUUUGAGGAAGUUACAAAAGUGGGUCUUUUUCCUUUCUUUGAGCAGGUUGAGUUAUUUGCAGGGCAACUUCCAGACGUUACUUUCAUAAAGCUACUUGAAAAGUUUGGUGAAAAUUGCCGUCUGGAUGGAUCUUACUUCUUGUGCCGACAUGAUCAUAUAAAGAAGGUUGCUAUUAUGUUGGGGAGGGUUCAAGGAUUAUCUCUAGAAGAUCGUUUCAACUUUUGUUUUGCCCCGGUUAAUAUUAGAGACCCAAAAGCAAUGAAUCAUCUUUUAAGGUUUGCUUCAUCAUAUUCUCAAAACCUGCCUGUUAACAUAGCGAUGGGCAUGCCCGUGUGUUCUGCUCGCAAUGACACAGAGCUCUUGGAUCUUGAGAGUAAGCACCAAGUAUUGUCUAUGUAUUUGUGGUUGUCUUACCAUUUCAAGGAGGAGACUUUCCCAUAUGUGAAGAAGGCUGAGGCUAUGGCAACAGAUAUUGCUGACUUACUGGGUCAGUCACUCAUCAAAGCUUGCUGGAAACCAGAAUCGAGGGGGAAGCCAAAGUCUCAAAGGAAGGAAAUAGAAGGUUAUGAAAGGCCAAGGUCAAUUGUCAAGUUAUUCGAGAAGAAAAAGAAUGAAAAAUCUGCUCUGCAUAAGCAUCAGGAGAAGAUAGCAGCAUAGUGCACUUACAAGAUGUUAAAUGUGUAAAAUACGGAGCCAAUCUGAUGAAUUGGCAGAUUAGUUGAGGAUUGUUGCUGGAAGAAGCUAUGAGCGGAUGGGUAUCACCAGGAGGUCGUCUCCUCAAUUUCUCACAUACGAUUGAUGUUCUUGUUUUCUGCAAGUGAUUAAAGAUGCAUAUUUUCAGCAUAGCCAAGGGUUCCUGAAGAUUCUGAGCUCAGUGAAUUGUGCGACCGGCAAAAAUUUUGGUUGGUGAUAGGGACAACACUUUCCAUUACACCUUGUUGCCAUUGCUGAACAAGAAUCAGACUAUUUCCAUGAACACGCUUGCAUUUGGCAAAUUUUUUGGGCGCCCAACUCAUUCUGUGUUUGAGCGUCAAAUGUGUAGGAUACAAAAAUAAAUUUCGUGAACUUAUUAUGUAUGGAAUAUUUUGUUCCUAUCUAUAUAUAUAUUUUUAACGAACUGAUUCUGUAAAGUGAUUGGAUGUUGUUGGGAAUACAUGAUGUUUGUUAUUUAUAGUUUCUUUAACCA